CUGUUCUGCUAUGGUUGAAGCCAAGUGAAGAUCGCCAGCGGCGAGAUCAUCGAGGCACUUUGCGCGUCGACCCUGCCAAGACGCGCGACGCGUGCGUGCCGUUCGGGGAUCCAACGUAAGCAUAAACAACCACAACCGCCGCCAUUUCAUGGCUCCCAAACGCUCUCGAGCUGAACAAGCACGGCAAAUCCUCUCGAGCGGCGCUGUGUUGCGCGAAGACUCUGAUGACGAGCUCGGUUACGAAGAUCAUCCAUGGGAAUGGGUAUACGACGAUGCCAGCGCUGAAGAGGCGCCUGGAGACGAGGAUGCGACGCCCAGGAAACGAAAGGCUCCCCCCACAUCGUCAGCUAAAUGUAUAGUGGGUGCGCGCAUGGGCAGCUUCGCAUGCAAGAUCGGAGAUGCUCUUAUGCUCAAGGCAGAUGGGAACCAGGCAUGGGUCGGCAUUGUCUGCGACUUCUACAACAACGACGGCGAAGAUGAAGAGAAGAUGGCGAAGUUCUUGUGGUUCUCUUCUGAACAAGAGAUCCGCAACAAAAACAAAAAACGCACCGACUUCCUACCGAACGAGCUGUAUAUGUCCACCGCUUUCGACGAUAAUCCGCUUGCAUCGAUCAACGGCACCGCGAAGAUUGUGUCUCUCGAGACAUUUCAGAAGUUGCACCCGACUGGCACAGUCAAGAAGUCAUCGAAAGACUACGGCAAAAUCUUUGUGUGCCGGAGAGGUUGCAAUACCCGCACAACGACAUAUACACCCGAGUUUAAGUGGGAAGAUGUGUACACCGGCGCCAAUGAUAUCCCCUCUCUUGUUGAGCUAGUCAAGAGCCAGACCAAAGCAACGAGAAAAGGCCCUUCUCGGCCGAAAAGACAGCAGGAGGAUCUGGACGACUUCGUUAUACCAGAUUCUGGGGACGACACUGCACCGAGGACUCCACGGAAGCGCCGGAAACCCAACGAAGCUACUACCCCAACAUCGACAAGGAAGAGCCCAGCCGCUCGAAAGUUUCUGACACCAUCACACAAGCGUAUAGUGUUGAAGAAGCAACUGGAGUUCACUCCGCUUGGUACCCGAGUACUAUCACCUUCGGCACUCGCGUCGCCGUUUCAGAUUGCACGAAACCAGCUUCACGUUUCCUCUGUACCGGCGGCCCUUCCUUGUCGCGAAGAGGAAUUCUCGACCGUAUACAGCCAUCUAGAGGUGGCCAUCACGGAUGGCUCUGGUUCAUGCAUAUACAUCUCAGGUACCCCUGGUACAGGCAAGACUGCCACGGUGCGAGAGGUCGUGGCCCAGCUGCAUGCAUCAGUGCAAGCUGAGGAGCUCGACGACUUCAUCUUUGUUGAAAUCAACGGCAUGAAAGUCACAGACCCUCACCAGUCGUACUCGUUGCUGUGGCAGGCGCUGCGCGGCGACAGAGUCAGUCCGUCACAUGCACUGGAACUUCUGGAACGCGAGUUCUCUGCGCCUAGUCCUCGCCGUGUACCAUGCGUUGUCUUGAUGGACGAACUUGAUCAGCUUGUUACAAAGAACCAGUCUGUCAUGUAUAAUUUCUUCAACUGGCCGCAGUUGCGGCACAGCAGGCUAAUUGUCUUGGCUGUUGCUAAUACCAUGGAUCUCCCAGAACGCACCCUGAGCAACAAGAUCAGUAGUCGACUAGGUACGUACCGACACAGUCCUUCACAUGCGGCCCAGCAAUGUUACCGUGCAGAUUGUAAUUUCAAUCUACUCCCGCACUGUACCGAUUGCAGACGCCGCGUGGACAAUGCCCAAUACGUCCGUUUUUGCGAUGGUCUCGCGAACCCCUGUUCACCGGUAUUCAGCGGGAGCCUUAUUGGGCAAGGCUAAUACAUGUGUACCCAGGGCUAACGCGAAUUACUUUCCCCGGCUACACUCACGACCAAUUGAUGCAGAUCAUUCAAUCGCGCCUGGAGGGAGUUCCAGGUAACAUUGUACUCUCGGACGCUGUUCAAUUUGCGGCGCGUAAAGUCGCAGCUGUGAGUGGCGACGCCCGACGUGCACUAGACAUUUGCAGACGCGCCGUGGAAAUCGCGGAAACAGAAGUCACGCAGGACGACGAGGUGCAGCCUUCAACUCCGAGUCGGUCCGGUCGCGGUAACAAAGCGAAACCCAUCCCAUCUUCCCGAACUCAG